AUGGUAAAUGAAAUUAAGAAAACUGAGGAUAAGGUCAUCAGUACAUUAGGCGACAUUAAACAAACAGUUACAGGUUUUACGAAUAUGUUUGAGGACAUGAAGGGGAACAUAACGGACGAGAUGUUAAAGAGAGGUGAUGCAAUACAAAGAAGAGAAGAAAAACUCGAACAACCUUCGAUCGCUUUCUAUGCACACCACUUGAAAGACCUGGCUCUUGAUACUACGAAUGAGAUUCUCAUAUUCGAGAAGACAAUCACUAACGAGGGAACAGGUUACGACACGUCCACAGGAUUGUUCACAGCACCUGUUGGAGGACUGUACCAGUUUGUUGUUCAUACAUGUGCUUAUAAAGGAAAAUAUUCCUAUCUGGGCCUAGUGAUGGAAGGUAACGUUAUUGCAGCAGAUGCUAACUAUGGUGAUACUAAUUAUGGCUGUAAUACGUUUGGUGCAAUAGUGAGAGUAAAAUCAGGAGAAAAAGUUUGGGUCAAAUCAACAUCGUCAGGUUCUGUCCACCAGUUACAUCAAAACACUCAUAGGAUGAACACAUUCAGUGGAGUACUUGUCAAUUACUGA